ACACAUUUUAUGUUAAUUUAGCAUGAAAUAUAUGUUACUUGGUUUAACAUUAAUCUUGCUUGUUAAUUUGUUUAACAUGUGUACUAUGUUAAUUAGUUUGACAUUAAGAUUUUCAUGUGAAUUUAUUAGCAUGCGUAUAAAAGUUAAUUUGUUUAACUGAUAAUCCAUAUGGGAUUAUAAAAUCAUGAUAGACAAUUAUGCUGCCUAAAUAUGAUUAAGAUGCUAAGCUAGGUAAUUGACUAGGCUAAUUUCAUAAUAUUUUAAUUUCUGGAUGAUGAUUGGGAACAUAGUGAACUCUCGACUCCAUGAUUAAUAUAUGUGUUUAUUACCUUAGUCAAUUGAUGCUUAGUUUCAUAAUAUGUAUGUGUGUUGAACAUUGUGCCUUGCGUUUUAUUAUUUUAAUGGUUCUCAUUAUUUUUUUGUGUGUUAAAGAAUGACUACUGCUUCGAAAAACAUUGUUGCUGAGCUUAACAAAGGGUUGAAACUCAAUGGUGACAACUAUGAAACUUGGAGUUUGAAAGUUCAAUAUGUCUUUGGAAGAGCAAGAGGCUCUGGAGGCCAUUAACAAUGUCAUGAAUGAGCCUGAGGAUGGCAACACGGUUCAGCAUAGGUGUGACCGUGAAGCGUAUUAUGCUUGGAGGAAAAAGGACUCCCUUUGCUCGCAUUACGUUGCUAAGCACCUUGGAUGAUGGCAUCCUAAGGGAGUUCAAGGAUCACCAAAGGGCUAUGGAACUUUGGAUUGCUUUGAAGAAUAGGUUUGGUACCUGUUCUACUGCAAGGCUAAGAUCCUUGACGAUCAAGUUUGACUCAUACAAGAAACGCCCAGAGCAUUCAAUGAAAACGCAUCUGAGGCAAAUGACAAACAUGAUCGGGAAGUUAAAAGAUGCUGGUCAUGUGUUGACCGAUGAACAACAAAUUCAAGCUGUCAUACACUCUUUGCCUAGUUCGUGGGAUCAUAUGAAGAUGCACUUGACUCAUAAUGAAAGAAUCACAACUCUAGAAGAUGUCCAGAGGCAUCUUGAGUUAGAGAAGGAACGACUUGAGGCUGCAAAGACAAUAGCUGAGUUGCGCAUGGCAACAACCUCCAAAAACAAAGGUGAUCAAAGCGAAAGAACUGGGGAAAGAAGAGAGGGCCACCUCAAACUCAGCCAGCUCAGCCUGCUAAACGAGCAAAGACUGAAAAAGGAAAGAAUAGACGUCCCAAACGUGUCAAUGUUGCUAAAGUGAAGUGCUAUAAUUGUGACAAGAAGGGUCACUAUGCUAAGGAUUGCUCUGAGCCUCCUAGAAAGACUCGGGAGCAACGGACCACAUAGCUUGGGAGCGCAAUGCUUUUGUUGAAUUUCGGCGAGUUUCACUUGGAGCAAAGUGGAUAUAUGUAGGAAACAACAAUAAAGUUGCUGUUGAAGGGAUCGGUACAUGCAAGUUAGUCCUGCGUGGCGGUCGAGACCUAAUUCUACAUGAUGUCCUCUAUGCACCAACAAUUCGUCGGAAUGUUAUUUCAGUCUCUGUUUUGCUUAGGCUAGGAUUUAGCUUGUUUUUUCAUGACACUUAUCUCAAGUUGACUUAUGAUUCAACAUUAUUUGGUUUUGUUCAUGUGACCGGAGGUUUAUUUAUUAUGGAUUUGGAUUAUGGUUCAUUCAAUAAUAAUGCUAGUUUUUCUAUGUUUGCUUCUACAAAUAAAUAUGAUAGUGAUGUAAACAUAUGGCAUACUAGCCUUGGUCAUAUUGGCCAACAAAGAAUGCAAAGGCUAGCGAAACAAGGUUUGCUUGCCGGCAUUGAACAUGUGGAAUUGUCCACUUGUGAAAAUUGUCUAGCGGGAAAAUCUGCACGAAAACCUUUCGGUAAAGCGACUAGAGCUGAAUAUCCUUUGCAAUUAGUCCAUUCUGAUAUCUGUAGGCCUAUGAAUAUUAGAGCUAGGCAUGGAGCAAGUUAUUUCAUUACAUU